UUCAACACAAACAAAAACCAAUACUCUUUGUUUUCAUCCCCAUCACUCAUUCUUCCCCCUUCCAAAAAAAUAAAAUAAAAUCCCAAUAUAUAUACUUUUUAUAUGGAAAUAACUGAAUAUUAACUUCUGUUUUUGUGUACCUAUAUAUCUAUAGAUCUGUAUAAAAGAGAGAUUUUUUAAAACUUUUUUUAAGUGUGUGUUAUAUAAGUGUGUAUUUUUAGUGUGUGUUUUGUGUAUUCCCAUUCACUCACUUACACACCCUCACUACUGAUGGAAAAAAGCUGUCAUUCAUCUGGGCAAGAAGAAUCUUCUCCUAUAAACCCUAACAAUAAUAAUACUAUUAGCACAAAUAAUAAUAAUCAAAAUAAUAGUAAGGAUAAUUUUUUGAAACAUAUUCAUAAAUUAUCUCACAAAAUAUCAAAACCCCCAUUAAAUCAUCAUCAUCAAAAUAAUAAUCAAGUACAACAUCUACCGUUGAUUUUGGAUCAAGAGACUAGGAAUGAAUCUCAGCCGUCCGAUUUUAAUCUUCAUCAAAAUCCACAACAACAACAUCAGCCACCGGUUUAUAAUGUAAGCAAAAGUGAUUUCCGUGAUGUUGUACAAAAACUGACCGGUUCGCCGGCUCAUGAACGUCCGGUUCAACAACCGGUUCAGCCGGUUAAGCCACAAAGCUCACGUUUACAACGAAUCAGACCGCCGCCGCUGGAACAGAUCGGAAACCGUCCACCGUCUUCGUCGUCGUUAAACCCUAACUUCCGUCCGGUCAACGGUAGCUUCUUCCCUGGUCAACGGCCUCUUUCGCCGUUGCCGCCGUUACCGUCGGUACAUGCGACGGCGGAAUCUCCGAUCUCUGCUUACUUGCGUGGUUUUCAGAUGAACGUCACUGGAUUCAAUCCGCCUCCACCGCCGCCAGCAUCGGAUUUUCCGGCGCCGUCGUCGCCGUUGCCGUUUGGCUGCUUGAAUUCGCCGAAAUCUCAGUUUCCGAUGUUAUCGCCAGGAUUUCCGUUCGGAUUUCAACAGUUAACGCCGCUGUCACCGACACCGCCGGCGCCAAGCCCUAGAUGGAAAGCAGUCUGAUGUUAUGAGGGCAUUUUGGUAAUUUCGUAAGAAAGUAGGGGCUUUUUUGAUAUGUAAAUUGAUGGGAUUAUUAUAUUUUUAUUUUAAGAAAGACUUAUUAUUAUUUUAUUAUAUGUAAAAAAGAAACGUUAGGUUUUUUAACUUGUUUCAUUAAGAUUGAAAUUUUAUCAUGGAAACUUUAGACAGUUUUAUGUU